UCUUACCCCGCUCUCAGGACUCACUGCAGCACCUCAAUGUCUUUUUUGGAGUGAGGGGCCCUGAAUGAAAACAGGGUUUGAGGUGCGGCCUCAUCAGUGCCAAAACAAUGGUUACUCCCUGCACAUACACAUAAGGCACGUCUUUUUCUCAAACACGGCCCUCCUGAAAACUUUCAAACCUUCUGUGUUUCAUGAAGUCUCAGAGCUGUUCCUUUACUCUUCCAAGAGUGUGCCAUGGGUUGGGGACAGAAAGCCUAGUGUAUCCACACAGGGACAAAGGCCACCAUAGGCCAGCCAUCUCUGGGCACCAGACGAUACACACAGGAGAAACAGUAUGGAUGUCCCAGGUUUACACUAUCAACUUGGAAUCUCGCUAUUUACUGAUACAAGGAGUUCCUGCAUUAGGUGUUAUGAAGGAAUUAGUUGAACAAUUUGCAUUAUAUGGUGCCAUUGAGGAGUAUCAUGCUCUAGAUGAAUAUCCAGCAGAGCAAUUUACUGAAGUGUAUCUUUUAAAAUUCCAAAAACUGCACUGUGCAAGGGUGGCCAAGAAAAAAAUGGAUGAACGAAGUUUCUUUGGUAGUUUGCUGCAUGUGUGCUACGCUCCAGAAUUUGAAACAGUCCAAGAAACUAGAGAGAAGUUGCAGGAUAGAAGAAAGUACAUAGCAAAAGCAACAAACCAAGGAGAUUGCUUUGUGUUAAAGAAAGUUGAGGGCCCGAAGAAGACAGUUUCAGAGACCUCUGAGCAUGACUGCCCAUGGAGUACAUCGGGAUCGUAUGCAGCCAGUAACUGGAAUCCAUCCUGCUUUACAAGUUCUCAUGGGGUAUCCCACAACACAGGGCAUCCAUCUGGGAAUCAUAAUCAGAGCUUGUUAACAUCCCCACACUAUGAUAACAAUUGUGCUGAAGCUUCUGGGUACUUUGGCCAAAACACAUCCCUAACUCCCAGUGUACAUCUAGGAGGAUGUACUCCACCAGCUUCCUUAAUGCAGCAAAGAAUGGUUCCAACUUAUAGUGGAAUUGACAGGUUUAUGCCUCGUACAACUCACUUGCAAGAACGUAAGAGGAAGAGAGAAGAAGGUAACAGGGUUUCCCUCCUUGGAACAAAUGCGGACAAUACUGAAGUCAUUAUUGGUCCACAACUGCCACAAAUACCUAAAGUGGAUAUGGAUGAUGAGUCAUUGAAUACUUCAGCUACAUUAAUUAGAAAUAAACUGAAAGAGGUAGCAGAUUCUGUUUCUGUGGAAAAGCCAGAGAGUAGAUCAGCCAAACCAGUUGUAAAGCAGAGAAGAAGAAUAUAGACACUGCUGGCAGGAUCUUCCAACAGUCCUUUUAUAAAGGAUAUAGUUUAAAAUAUUUAUUUUUUAUGUAAAAAGUAAAAAUUUUUUUACACUGUAUUUCCAAGGGAUUCUGUUAAAGAUUGUAUCAAUUUGUUUCUUGGAAUGGACAAACCACUAUAAUAUAUUAUUGUUGCAAUGUU